UUGCAAAAUCUAUGCUUCGAGGAAGCUUGAAGUUGUUUGUAACAACUACAACAUAAAAGGUUAUAUUUUGUACUUUGUUUUGGUGCCUUGACAUAAGAAAAUAUUUAGGAAACUUAUAAAAAUGCCAAGCAGCAAAAAGGAGGCUUUUGGAAAGCAAAAAAAAGUAUUACAUCCUAACAGCAGGAAGAUGUUAGCUAUUACAAAAAAAAAUAAUCGAGCUAUUCAUAAAGAACAAUCAAAACUAGCUGGAACAAUAAAACAGAAUUUAAUUAGAGAAAAAAUAUUAUGGAUUCAAGAACAUAUGGUUCCAGAUAUUUGUCCUUAUACACCUGAACUGACUGCAGAACUUUUAGAGAAAUAUAUUGCUCGACAUGAUGAAGAACUGGAUUUGAUAGCCCAGAAAAACAAAGUACCGAAUAAAAAAAAUCGAAGUCAUGCAAGUCGUGAAGAUAUUCUUAGGAUGAAUAAAGAACGAGACCACGACGAAUAUAAUGGCUGUGGAAUAGAAAUACCCAACAUCCUGAAUUCUACUCAGUGUGAAAUGUUGCGCAAAUGGGACGGAGACGUGCGCUACCUCCCGAACUUUGUAUUUCGCCGAUUUGGUAAGCGACACGUGGAGGAAAUGCAAAGAAAAAUAUUAAAAUCCGAGAGCAAACCAGUGAAGCCAAAGAUUGAUACAACAGCAUCUUCGGAAAAAGAAACUGAUCAAAAACGUAAACACAAUGAUCAAAAGUUGAAAACUGAUUUAACAAAAAUGGAUACUGAUUAAUCAUUGAAGAAAUAUAUAUUUUAUUUAAUAA